AUGAUUGCACGUAAUCAUGACAACAUUGCUACUGAUAGUUCAUUCUCUCCAUUAUUAAAACACCAAGAAAGUAUAAUAAACUGGUGCAUUAAGCCAGUUCCACAGGAUAAGCAAAGCAAAAUAAAUAAAAAACUCCUCGAUGCUAUUAUUUAUAGUAACCUUCCCUUUAAGAUCGCUGAUAAUCCAUAUUUCCUCGAAUUUCUUGCCGAAUUGGCACCAAAUUACAAUCCUCCCUCUGCUUGCAUGUUGCCAUCCUUGGAGUUGGCAAAAACCUGGGGUUUUGAUAAAAGAGAAAUGAUACUUUUACUUAAAGAGCUUAUUGGUUAUCAAAACGGUGAUGCAUCUUUUGAUAAUCUAAGAAAUAUUAAGAAUAUUAAUCCUAGGAAUUUCUGGACCAAGUUCUCUGGAGGUUCUCCACUUCUCCAGCAUUUUGCUAUAAAAGUAUUCGCAAUCAUUCCACAUAUAGCAGCCGUCAAACAUUUAUUCUCUAGUCUAGGACUAGUGAAAACAAAAUUACAAAAUAGAAUAUCUAAAGUGAAUGAUCAAGAUUUCGAAAAUUCUAUGAAUAAUAAUGUUGAAAAUGCUGAUGCUAACCCCUAUUUCAAAGAAGAAUUAGAUGAAGAGUUUUUACAAAUUAGCAUUAAUGAAGUAAAUAUGGAGAUGAAUAAUGAGAAUAAGUUAGCAAUAAAUACUUUUUUUAAUGCUGAUACAUUCGAACAGAAUCAAAUAGAAACAGAUAAUGAAAACUUGGUGACUUAUUAUCAAAGACCUGCUAAUAGUGUUGAAGAUUGGUCAAUCGAUGAUAUAUAUUUUCAAAUUUAA